GGGCUUUCGAGGAACGGGCCACAGAUGUCAAGGUAAGAGGGAAAUCUGGGUUCGAAAUUACCUUUCUACCUGCGAGAAACUGGGACUGGCCAAAUCCAAGAUGGCCUCCGUGGAAGAGAUUCGGACAAGAAUUAGUCUUCGAGAACAUGAUGUGAUUAAUACGCAGAGCACAGAUUUCCCCGGAAAUUACACUGGUUAUGACGACACGUGGAGCCAAGAAAAAUUCGAAGAAAAAUUUCGAAUUGACAUAGUCCACAUGGGUAAGACAGAAAUGGAGUUUGACAUGGUUGGUGUAGACGCUUCCAUUGCCAAUGCAUUGAGGAGGAUUUUGUUGGCAGAGGUUCCAACAAUGGCAAUUGAGAAGGUUUUCAUUUACAACAACACCUCUAUCAUUCAGGAUGAGGUAUUGGCUCACAGGCUUGGACUAAUCCCAAUCUAUGCAGACCCCAGGGAAUUUGAUUUCAAGUCAGAUGGUGAUGAAGAGUCAAAGGACAAUACAACUCUACAGUUUGAUCUUAAAGUCAAGUGCAUCAAGAACAAGAAUGCACCAAAGAAUGCCACCGAUCCUGAUGAAUUAUUUAUUAACUCUAAAGUUAACACAGAUCACUUGAAGUGGGUGCCAGUUGGAAAUCAGGCCAGAAAGUACGGUCCACAAGAUAUUAGACCAGUGCACAAUGAUAUACUGAUAGCAAAGUUGAGACCAGGACAGGAAUUGGAUCUCAAGAUGCAUGCUGUCAAAGGAAUCGGAAAGGACCAUGCAAAGUUCUCUCCUGUUGCCACAGCAUCGUACAGACUUCUUCCAGAAAUAACAAUUACAAAACCAUGCGAAGAUGAGCUGGCUGAUAAGUUGGCAGAAUGUUUCUCAGAAGGUGUAAUAAAGGUGGAGAAUAAAAACGGAGUGAAGAGAGCUGUCGUUGCCAACCCUAGACGAGAUACCUGUAGUAGAGAGGUCUUUAGACACGAGGAUUUGAAGAAUCGAGUGAAGCUGUCGCGGAUAAGAGACCACUUUAUUUUUUCAGUAGAAUCAACCGGCGCUUUGUCCUCCGAUACACUGGUUUGUGAGUCCAUUAAAGUCUUACUCGGAAAAUGCAGACAUUUCCUCUCUGAACUAGACAGCCAUUGCUUGGAUACUUGAAUUCGGUUGUUUUCUUUUCACAGCGAAGAACAAGAACGAAAACAAUCUCUCAGAGGUAUGCCUUGGCUUCCGAUGCUUGAGGGAAAGGACAGUCAAUAUCAGUUCUGUAUUUACUGAAACACCUAUCGUGUCUUAAGUCGUGCGCGAUUUAAAAAGGCCAUUUAACGAUAACUCACUUGCUCCACAAAUGAACAUUUCCAACGUGGAUUCGUUCGACCAUUCGCGCUCAUCGUACGUCUUACAGAAAAUAGCCAAUCUGAAUCGAAGUCGAGAGGAACUUUUGCCACAAUACCUCGCGCGACGAAUUCAAUGGUGGCCUCUCGCCAAAAGCAGCUAAUAUUGCUUUGGUUAUGUGAAACUUUGCAAACUUGUGUAGACGAUAGUAAGGAGUAUACAUGUAGUUCUCAGGGUAUGAAUACGAAAAUGAGAUUUAUAUUGGUAAAUUAAAGUACUACUCCCAGUAGCUCAUUAUCCGAAACGAGCGAUGACCUGGCGUACUCUGACCUAGCGCAAUUCUGCCCCCUGUCCCCUGUUNCCCCCCCCCCUCCCCCAAUCCCUCAAUUCUGGCCCUUUUCGAACUUGGAAGUAUUCAACUUUUACAAACGCCCGUCUCCGUCGAAUUUGCGAAAAUUAGUAUUUGCUGUACACGUCCCCCGCUCUUACAGUCUAAUUUGAUACAUAUCUGGUGAUAUUUUAGUUUUUGAAAAAAUACUCCUG